GAGGUGCAAGAAGCAGCGACUGCAGCAGCAAAAGCGCCAGCAGAAGCAGCAUCAGCAGCAACAAAAAAAAUCCUCAUCAAAUCCUCACCUAGGCGCUCAGUGUAUCCAGAUCCACAUCUUCACUCAAGCCGGGAGAGGGAAAGAGGAAAGGGGGGGAGGAAAAAAAAAAAAAAAAAACCCCAACAACUUAGCGGAAACUUCUCAGAGAAUGCUCCAAAACUCAGCAGUGCUUCUGGUGCUGGUAAUCAGUGCUUCUGCAACCCAUGAGGCGGAGCAGAAUGAUUCUGUGAGCCCCAGGAAAGCCCGGGUGGCAGCUCAGAACUCAGCUGAAGUGGUUCGCUGCCUCAACAGCGCUCUGCAGGUUGGCUGUGGAGCUUUUGCAUGCCUGGAAAACUCCACCUGUGACACAGAUGGGAUGUACGACAUCUGUAAAUCCUUCUUGUACAGCGCUGCUAAAUUUGACACUCAGGGAAAAGCAUUUGUCAAAGAGAGCUUAAAGUGCAUCGCCAACGGGGUCACCUCCAAGGUCUUCCUGGCCAUUCGGAGGUGCUCCACUUUCCAGAGGAUGAUUGCUGAGGUGCAGGAAGAGUGCUACAGCAAGCUGAACGUGUGUAGUGUCGCCAAGCGGAACCCUGAAGCCAUCACGGAAGUCGUCCAGCUCCCUAAUCACUACUCCAACAGAUACUAUAACAGACUCGUCCGAAGCCUACUGGAAUGUGAUGAAGACACAGUCAGCACAAUCAGAGACAGCCUGAUGGAGAAAAUCGGACCCAACAUGGCCAGCCUCUUUCACAUCCUGCAGACAGACCACUGUGCCCACACACACCAGCGAGCUGACUUCAACAGGAGGCGUGCCAACGAGCCACAGAAGCUGAAAGUCCUCCUCAGGAACCUCCGAGGUGAGGUGGCCUCUCCCUCCCUCAUCAAACGCACCUCCCACGAGAGUGCAUAGCCGGGGAGAGGUAUUCACAACCUCACCAAACUACGAUCAUUUUAAGGGUGUUCGCUCACCAACUUCGAGUGUACUGUGCCUGGUUUGAUUUUUUUAAGUAGUUCCUAUUUUCUAUCCCCCCCUUAAAAAAAAAAUUGCAUGAAACUAGGCUUCUGUAAUCAAUCUCUCAACAUUCUUCGAUGGCGGCAUUCUCACCAACAGAACACGUGUGAUCUUUCUGCCUCUCCUCAGGAGAAAGUGGCCUCUUUUCCCACUUUCCUCUACCAGGUCUUUUCCCAGCUCCCCUCCAAUGACUCUCAAACACAAAACAUUCAUGUAAUUCCCCAGACUUUGUAAUUUGAAGAUGUGGAACCCUUUAGAAUGGUUGCCCCAGUAGAGUUAGCUGGUAAGAAGCAACUUAAUUUAAAUGCAUGUCUUAAAACGCUCAUAAAGAUGCUCAGUGGAAUUCGUGUUAUGAAUCUGUGCUGGCCAUGGACGAAUAUGAAUGUCAUAUUUGAAUUCUUGAUCUCUCAUGAGCUAGUGUCUUACGGUCUUGAUCCUCAAUGUCUAAUUUCCUUCCCAACACAUUUACCAAAUUGCUCGAGCCUGGCCCUUCAACCAGACUUGGAGCCUGCAUCUUCUUGCAUCUAAUGAAAAACAAAAAGCUAACAUCUCUAUGUACUGUAACUGCUCAGAGCUUUAAAAGUAUCUUUAACAAUUGUCUUAAAUCCAGAGAAUCUUAAGGUCUAACUGUGGAAUAUAAAUAGGUGAAAACUAAUGUACUGUACAUAAAUUCCAGAGGACUCUGCUUAAACGAAGCAGUAUAUAAUAACUUUAUUGCAUAUAGAUUUAGUUUUGUAACUUAGCUUUAUUUUUCUUUUCCUGGGAAUGGAAUAACUAUCUCACUUCCAGAUAUCCACAUAAAUGCUCCUUGUGGCCUUUUUUAUAACUAAGGGGGUAGAAGUAGUUUUAUUCAACAUCAAAACUUAAGAUGGGCCUGUAUGAGAUAGGAAAAACCAACAGGUUUAUCUGAAGGACCCCAGGCAAGAUGUUAAUCUCCCAGCCCACCUCAACCCAGAGGCUACUCUUGACUUAGACCUAUCCUGAAACAGCUCUGUCACAUCCAACUGAGAAUUACAGGAACCAAAAAGAGCAUCCCUUUGGGCUUGGACCACUUAGAGUGUGAUAAGGCCUGCUAUACCUUGGGAAGUGGCAGUUCUUGACUUUCUGCCUUUCAUCAGUGCCUGGUACUCUGGCAGCCUGAUGAUGGGGUAGGAGGCUUUCCAUUAACUCAAUCAGGAAUGAGUCAAUCAGCCUUUGGGUCUUUAGUUUGGGGGACUUGGGGCUGAGGGGGUAUAAAUAACCCUGGGCUGUCCAGCCUUAAUAGACUCCUCUUACAUUUUUGUCCUGUAGCACGCUGCCUGCCAAAGUAGUCCUGGCAGCUGGGCCAUCUCUGUAGGAUUGCAAAAAAGAAAAAAGAAAAAAAAAAAAAAAAUGAAAGAAAGAGGAAAAAAAGAGCUGGCGGUUUGAUCAUUUCUGCCGUGAUGUUUACAAGAUGGCGACCACCAAAGCCAAAUGAUUAACCUAGCUAUGAACAACAGUAGUUUCUCAGGGUCACUGUCCUUGAACCCAACAGUCCCUUAGGAGCGUCACUGCCCACCAAAGGUCAAUGUUGAGAGAGGAAGAGGGAGGAGGGGUAGGACUGUAAGGGCCACUCCAAACUCGCUUAGGUAGAAACCAUUGGUGCUUGACUCUCACUAGGAUAAACUCCAGAUUUGCCCAAAUCGAGUGUUAGGGAUGCUGGUGGGAGGAGGGGGGGCACAUCCCCAGAAAAACGAAAAAGCAAUACAACUUUACCACAAAGCCUUUAAAACCAGUAACGUGCUGCUCAAGGACCAAGAGCGAAUGCAACAGACCCAGCAGCAGCACAAGCGUGGCUGCCUUUGUCCCCACACAGCCUCUCAGCGUGCUGACAUCAGAUCGUUAAGAGCAUUUUUAUACUCAGAACUGUCCCAUCCCCAGGUCCCCAGACAUAUGGACACUGCCUUAGCCUCUUGGAAAUCAGGUAGAUCAUACUCUAAGUUGACUAUCCCUCUCCCUCCCUCACCCAUUCCUCCCCUGCAGGCAAGGCUGGCUUCUCCAAACCAGAAAAGCUAUUACAGUUUUGUGUGUUGUGUCCAUUUCUCAAACCCACUAAGCCAGGACCCCAAUGCGAUGAGUAGUUCAUGAGUAUUCCUAACAAAAUUCUCUCUUACUUCCGUCCAGUGGAUUCUCUUUGAUUUGCUGUGACCUCUUCAAACCGUGGUACCCCCCUCCUUUUCUCCCCACAAUAAUAUUUAUAUAUGUAUCUAUAAUACAUAUAUCUACACAUAUGGAAAGAAGCAGUUCUCACAAUGUUGCUAGUUUUUUGCAUCUCUUCUUCCCAUCCUGCUCCCUCCAACUCCCCCUUAAACUUCCAAAGCUUUGUCUUGUGUUUGCUGCACAGAGUGAUUCCGGGGCUGACCUAGACCAGUUUGCAUGAUUCUUCUCUUGUGAUUUGGUUGCACUUUAGACAUUUUUGUGCCAUUAUAUUUGCAUUAUGUAUUUAUAAUUUAAAUGAUAUUUAGGUUUUUGGCUGAGUACUGGAAUAAACAGUGAGCAUAUCUGGUAUAUGUCAUUAUUUAUUGUUAAAUUACAUUUUUAAGCUCCAUGUGCAUAUAAAGGUUAUGAAACAUAUCAUGGUAAUGACAGAUGCAAGUUAUUUUAUUUGCUUAUUUUUAUAAUUAAAGAUGCCAUAGCAUAAUAUGAAGCCUUUGGUGAAUUCCUUCUAAGAUAAAAAAUAAUAAUAAAGUGUUACGUUUUAUUGGGUUUUUUUUU